CAAUAGUGCUUUUGAGAACACCACCAGGGACUUUGAUGCAGUAGAUGGUGGAUCAAAUGAUGAUUUGGGUCUUUGUGGCAAGAUUGCUCUUUAUAGGAGCCCUAGCUUCUGAAAUACAGAUGAAAGAUAAACCAGCCACAGAUUUCAUAGCUGUGGAGUGCCUUGGAAGUCUCUCCAGGAUGACCCUGAAUGCAACCUAUAUAAGACACAAGUUUGUUGAUUUCUACGCCAUUGAUCAUUUUGGAACAGUAAGGAAAAUAGACCACGAUUUGGCUAUACAGUGUGGUUACACAAUAUCUUAUGACCACUGGGGCAACAUUGAAUUCCGGGCCUCUCUUCUUAGCUGCUAUGCUUAUAUUGAAAGUGACAUCAACUUCACAGUAAAUGUCCAAAUUAACAUAGCUACCAAUCCUGAGAAGACAGAUGUUGCCAUUUACCAAAGAAGUGUGAGUUGUUCUUACACACCAUGGUGUUCGAGAGAAAUAAUAUGUGAAAAUAACUACAUGGAGGUCUCUGUUCGGCGGGAAGUUCCAUUGAUUCCAGCUGACUUACUCCAAGAUGAGCCUGAAGAUUGGGCUGUAGCAUUCCCAGAGGCAACCUCUGGAGUAGCCUCUAUCUGGCAGAUUGUUUUUCACACUCUGACUGGGAGAAGAGUGAUGCUGGUAAGCGAUGCCCACAGAGCAGGAUAUGGAAUCAAUACUACAGACACCAGGAUCUUGCUGAGAGCUGCAUUCAAUACCACAGAAGCUCAGCAAGUAGAGAUUCAAGGCAUCACCUUUUCUGCUGUGAGAUCUAGUACCUUCUAUAAGCAGCGUUGGAUGAUCUUGAUGGUAGACACUGCCGUGGCUUGCCCUCUAGGUGACAUGGAGUAUGACGAAGACUCCAUCACUUGGACCAUUCCUAAGAACAUCAGCCCACUCCUGGCUGGAGCCAGAAAUUUCAAAGAUAUCACUGUGGAAUUUGGUAUAAAUCUCCAUAAGCUGUUACCAGCUGAUCUUACUUCUAGAAAAAUCACAAUGAAGAGUGACAUGAGUGCAGUUACCAUCAAGGUCCCUAUUGGAGCGGAAGGAGGCUACUACAAGACCCAUGUGAGGCACGGACGCUAUGGGAGAACCUACAGCAUUAACUUGUUCUUAGAGCAUCAGUGGGAAGAUGACAAAUGGGGUGUAACCAAACAUACCAUAAUAAAGGCCAUAACAACCCCUUUGAAGCUUCAAGAACCUAUUAUAACCAACAAUACCAACACCAGCACUAGGUACUUCAAUGUAUCCAUAGGACCAUUUCUCCCCGAUGUGAAACUAGUGCACUUGACUAUAGAUGGCAAGCUUAUAACCAUGUCUGAAGCUAAUCAGUAUGGCUUUCAAGUCUUCGAAACCAUGUACCCUAAUGGAACCAAAGGCUAUGUAAUUGAAGCUGGUUUUGACGCACCAGGAGUUACUGUAGUGCUCACAGAUGAUGAUACUAGAACAUACACUCUGAAUAUCACACUUGGCUUUAUCGUCGAUCCAACGCGUGACGCCUUUGUUAUUCCUGUAUCAAUCGAAUCUCCUGUUCGAGAUGUGGUGAUGCCCCAAGCCGAAGGAUUCUGUGAUGCCGAAAAUCUCUACCUGACCAUCACCCGUGGCAAUGUAGACCAGGACUGGAUCCCCUUCCUCUCCAACCUGCAGCUGACACCUAAGGCUGCCCAAAGUCAUAAAUAUGGCUUCCAUGACAACGCCACACAUCUUGCUCUCCGAGUUCCCUGCUUUGCCGCUCAUGUGAUCUAUGAGGAUAUACGUUCUUCUGGAAUUACAGUGAAGCUUCAGUUGACGAUGAAAGACAACAGCACUCUUAAAGUUAUGCGAGACUACUCGAUUACUUGCAUAUUUCCUUCUAAAGAUCUAAUAGAUUGCCAAUCAAAUGGCUCUAUGGUGGUGACUGCAAUGAAGCUGGCAGGAAUUCCGGACCUGGAUCCCUCAGAACUGGUGCUACGAGACCGACGUUGUAAACCCGCAGUUGUAACGAAAACAAGUGCAAAAUUUAUAUUUAAAGCGAGCACUUGCGGGACAAGUAGAAAGUUUGGAAACAACACUCUGACCUAUGAAAAUGAUGUCCUUUACUUCAAGCCUGGGCGGGUUGAUCCAGUAUAUCGACUGAAGUGUGCCUGCCAGUAUUUGAUCGAUGAGAUGGUUACGUCUCACUACCAUCCAAAGGAGAACCCAGCCCCCAUUGUAAAGGCCGGAAAGGGGAAUCUUGCUCUGAUCAUGAGGCUGUCCAAAGACAAAUCUUACUCUGAAUUAUAUGAGGAUACAGAAUAUCCCGUGGUGAAAUAUUUAAAAGAAGCCCUCUACUUUGAAACUGAGCUACUUUACAACGCAGAUCCACAACUUGAACUCUUCCUAGAAGACUGCUGGUGUACCAUCUUUCCAAAUAAAGACAGCAGCCCACAGUGGGAUGUAAUUACUAACAGCUGUCCAAAUAAUGAAGACUCUCAUCAGACUAUUUUCCACUCGGUGGCUGAGGACUCAAGAGUAAUGUUUCCUUCUCAUUUGAAGAGAUUUGAGGUGAAAAUGUUCACAUUCAUGAAGGAGGGAAAUGCACUGUUACAAAACAUGUAUUUUCACUGCAGUGUGAUAAUAUGUGAAACUAAGCACCCCAGUUCAGACUUUCUCUGUGCAAGGAGAUGUAUUCCUGGAAAACAACGAUCUGUUCGCAGCAUUGACUCAUUCCUUAUGCAAAGUCAUAUCUCUUCUGGGAUGAUUAUUCUGACUACAUCUAAAAAUCUCUGAAGAUCUGCUGCUGUAUUUGAACCCUAAUUUUACUGGUGUGGACACCUUGUUUAAAUCAGAUACUUUCCCUUACCCUGCCUGAAAUACUUGGU